AUGGCCGAGUCGAGGGACGAUUCGAAGAUGGUGCCCUCAACGCCCGCAUCGGUCGCCCGUUCACGCGGCGCCCGGGGCAGGCGCGGGUCUUCCUCCUCGUCGAGGUCGUCCACACCUGCGAAGACCAAGGUUAGCGCGGACAAGAAGAAGAGGAAGCAGCGAAAGCUUCCUGCCGUCGAUCAAGCCGGCAGCAAGGAAAACGUGCAGCCUACUCAGGAAGCAGGCGGCAAGCCAAGCGCCGAACCGCCUGCGGGAACGAGCAUGCCGGCGGAAAUGCGUCCAGAGGCUUCGCCAUCAGCGCCGCGAGGCCGAUCGCGUGAAGUCUCGGCCAACGUCACCCCCGCGAAGACGCCGACAUCGGAGCUAUUGGACUUGCAGCGUGAGGCCACGUUCGGAAGGGAGCCAAUGACUGAGCUGCCGGGGACGCCACGCAAGGACGUCACGCGGGACGUAACACAUGACUCGGUUCUCCGGAAAACGCCGACGCCGGAGCCGCCGAUCCCGACGCGCGACGUCACCCGUGAAUCCACGCCCCUGAAGGCGCCGCAGCCUUCGAAGCCACCAGGCGACGACGUGCACGAUUUCAUUGCCCAGUACGGCAAAGGAAAAACGGGCAAGUUCUGCAAAGUGCUACUGCUGGGCGCCGCUGUCCUUGCCAUCGGCGCGGCGCUCGCCAAGUACUUCUCUAUGCUGAAACUUCCGACCCGUACAGCACUCUGCACAACGACGGAUUGCGCCAGAUUCGGCCUGGAGCUCCGCGCCGCCAUCAACCCUGCGGCAGACCCGUGCACCGACUUCCACAGCUUCGUGUGCGGACGCUGGGAUGACCCCAAUCGCCAAGAGUCGACCGAGGCGCGCAUGAUGGCCACCGCCGCUGAUAUAGCGAUCGCCGAGUCGGAAGACGACAAAGGCCGCGACAGCAAGGCGACGCAGUUCUUUCACAGCUGCAUCACGGCGAGCGCCCAGAGGGUACAAAACCUGCGGGAAUUCGCCGAUCUUCGCAGGUCCGUCGGCCUAGUUUGGCCCGAGCAAAAGCCCAACGGUUCCGUUCACCCUCUGGAAGUCAUGGUAGACCUGGCGAUCAACUGGGAAAUGAACUUCCUUUUCGAUCUGAGUGCUGUGGCAGUGCGGCAGUCCACGGCGUUGCUCUUCUCGCGAGGACGGCUGGACGCCGGCUGGGAGCAAAGCGCGCAGCACGCGUGGGUACUGUACGAGUACGAGGAUUACGUGAAGAAGUACUACGAGAUACUCGGAGUCACCGAAGAAAAAGUGGACGUACAAGCCGCCGAGUUGCUUAAGCUUGAAAGGGCCAUACUGCUCGCCAAGGUGGCAUUCCUGUACGACGCUCCACGUCAGGUAUGGUUCAAGCUGAGCGACCUCGACAGCCAGACAAAAAUGGUACCGGCGGCCCUCUGGCUUAGCUUUCUUGUCAAGCAUGACAGACAGUUCUCGUGGACGGCUAAUAGCACGGUGAUCACAGAGGACGUGCUCAUUUUCAGAAGUAUAGACAAGUUGAUGAGAGAAUUCAACCACGACCAGCUAAUCAUCGGACUGUCGUGGAUGUUCAUCCAGUCGCACCUAUGGGCCGUGCACGGCGAGCCAUCCAUUAGGUUCCACGGUCCACCCGAAAUGCUUUCCAAGCUGGGUCAUCGCGGCUGCAUGGAAUACGUGGAUUCACGUCUAGGACUACUCGGCUUGUCCAAGGCCAUCGGCGAACGCUACGGUGUGAGCGAAAACCGCCUACACAGCGGCAGCUUCUUAUACAGAGUCAACGAGAACAUCAAACGCAUGCUGAAGAAUCUGACCUGGAUGGACGACGAUAGCAAGCGCAUGGCGUACCAAAAGCUGGAUAACAUGAUCGAAGUAAUAAUGCCGAACGACAGCUUUUUCGAGAGAAAGAAACGCAACGAGCUGUACAGCGUGUUCCCCGACAUGGCCGGCAAAACGUUUGUUACGAACAUGGUGAAGGCAUCUGAGGUGUAUCGCGGACUGCGCAACCACGAGCACUUCGCCGACGUUUACAGCAUCCGCGUGUAUGCCCGUUUUGGGCGUGAGAUGUACCUGUACCUUCCGAACAUGAUGAAGCUCGCUUUCAUCGACCUGUACCCUCCUUUGUUCUUAAAGAACGGCACGCUCGCGAUCAUCUACGGUGGCCUGGGGUCGUUCGCCGCUCGCCAGAUGGUCAAGACCUUCGACGACAUCGGCGUCACGGUUGACCACAUGGGUCAAAGCGGCAUCUGGCUGAGUCCCAACACCGCCGCAGUGCACGCCGAGAAGGUCUCCUGCAACGUCGGGGCGACGUCGUACGGCGGAGAGUGGCGCCCUAUGCGCCUCUUUCCGGCAGUCGUCGGUCUGGAGAUUGCCUACCAGAGCUACAUGACGGCAGUGGCGUCGGACUACCUCGCUCUGGAAGACUACAGGGUUCAACACUUGGAGACGUUCACGGACAAACAAGUGUUCUUCCUCACGUACUGCUACGCCGUGUGCUCGAAGCGGCCGCAGACAAUGGGCGACGAGUGCAACGUGCCGCUCAAAAACUCGAAACGAUUCGCGGAAGCCUUCCACUGUCCCGAGAAAUCGCGCAUGAAUCCUCGAGCGAAGUGCACGUUUUUUGAUGAAUGA